AGUACUAAAAUCUAUAGUUCAUGUCACGUAUACUCUAGAUCCAGUAUUGGUGGUGAAUAUUGGAACUAUAGCAACUAUAGCAACUAUAGCAUUCCUUGCCCUUUCCAACGCCCUAAUAUGCAUCCAUUCCCUUUCAGGUGCAAAAAAAUAACAUAGUGCAGCUAGACAAACCAUCAAUGAGUUGUGACGGAAUGUAAGUCGACGAGUAACGGUAUCACGUCAUCACGAUCAUCGUCGCUCGCGCAACAGUUCCAUCCUCGGCAUCCAUUGAUAGAAUCACUUGCGAAGACCCUCGGUGCCUCAUUUGCGACAAUGGCGAAGAUAAAGGCAGGACCGGUUGUUGACAUCCUUGGAGAUGAAAUGACCCGCAUCAUAUGGGACGCAAUCAAGCAGAAGCUCAUUUUGCCUUACUUAGACAUAGAACUGCAUACUUACGACUUAGGCAUAGAGAAUCGCGAUGCUACGGACGACAAGGUGACUGUAGAGUGCGCGGAAGCGAUCAAACGCUACAACGUCGGCAUCAAGUGCGCUACCAUCACGCCCGACGAGAAGCGCGUGGAGGAAUUCAAGUUGAAACAAAUGUGGAAGAGCCCUAACGGUACCAUCCGUAAUAUUCUGGGUGGUACAGUGUUCCGUGAAGCGAUCAUCUGCAAGAACAUUCCGCGUCUGGUGACCUGUUGGAACGAGCCCAUCAUCAUUGGCAGACAUGCUCAUGCUGAUCAAUAUAAGGCUACGGAUUUUAUCGUGCCAGGUCCUGGCAAGCUGGAGAUUACUUGGACCGGCGCGUCUGGCGAGAAAAUUCAGCAUACGGUUCAUGACUUCAAGGGCCCAGGUAUCGCCCAGGCUCAAUAUAACACCGACGAGAGCAUUCGCGCGUUCGCUCAUAGCUCGUUCAAGUACGCGCUCUCGCGUAACUACCCGCUUUACUUGUCGACGAAGAAUACGAUUCUGAAGAAAUACGAUGGCCGCUUCAAGGACAUCUUCCAAGAGAUCUACGACAAGGAAUACAAGUCGCAGUUUGAGGCGCGCAAAGUGUGGUACGAGCAUCGGCUGAUCGACGACAUGGUGGCGUACGCGAUGAAGUCGAAUGGCGGCUUCGUAUGGUCGUGCAAGAACUACGACGGUGACGUACAGUCAGACUCAGUGGCGCAGGGCUACGGCUCUCUGGGUCUCAUGACCUCGGUGCUCAUAUGCCCAGACGGCCGCACGGUGGAAGCUGAGGCCGCUCAUGGCACCGUCACCAGGCAUUAUCGUCAGUAUCAGCAGGGUAAAGAGACAUCCACCAAUCCGAUCGCCUCGAUCUUUGCGUGGACGCAAGGUUUGCUGCAUCGCGCCAAACUCGACAACAACCCCAGCCUGAAGCACUUUGCUGAGACGCUGGAAAAGGUCUGCGUGGACACCAUCGAGUCCGGCUUCAUGACCAAAGAUCUCGCCAUAUGUAUCAAAGGCAUGAACAAUGUCAUCAGGUCGGACUAUUUGGAGACAUUCGAAUUCAUGGACAAACUCGCUGAUAACUUGAAGAAGCGCAUCGACGUGAAGAGCAAAGCAUGAACUUGUUAGCCAAGUCCACGUUUAUAGAAACAGCGAGAAAAUAAGAAACUAUAAAUUAAGGGGCUUAUAGGGGAAAAGGACAGAGAUAUCGGUGAAUGUUAUGAUAAUUUAGAUAGUUUAUUGCAAUUAUGCAAGCGUGCAUGCAUAACAUUUGUUGGUUUUAUGCUUUACGUUAUCAUCGUCGCGCUCGAUUUACAUUCGAAAUGUCGGUCGAUUUAGCAGCUGCAUUUCCACUCGCAUUUCGACGACGAUGUAAAUCGAUACCAACGGCGUAAACACCCAAGAUAAUGAAAUAUAGAACGAUCGGGUUGUCGGCGAAAUGAUUAUCGAUGCAAAUGAAACUCGCCCAUUGUGCUUUGUAAUUUCCAUGCCGAGAGUCAUGCCGGUUCUUGCGCAGCUCGAGUGUAAAUCGACACAGCGACACAAACUUGGCAUUUUUUAAAGAUCAUUUCUCAGCAUUUAUAUACGUCGUCGACGUAUAUAAAAAAAAAGAUAUAUGUAUAUAUAUAUAAGCGAAUAUAAUAAUAUAUAAGCGAAUAAAAUAAUAUAAUUAUAUUACACAGAGAAAUUUAUUAUCACUUUAUUAUAUCGAAUAAAGGAUUGUACGAUGUUGUACAUUUUGCAAUAAAUGUUUUGUACUCACGAAA